AUGUCUUUUAAGGAGUGGAGCAGGAAAGGAUAUAAAAAGUGGCAACAAGUUAGCAACAUUAUGCAAUAUAAUUUAUUUGACAAUGGUCUUUAUCAAAUAGGCGUGACGGUGGACGACAAGAAAUCCGACAGUAACGUUAUUAUUAUCGCGGAACCUGCUUUCUUUGCACCGCGUGAUAUCGUGAUUAGUCUCGGUGAGGACCCUGAGCAAAAAAUGUUGUACAAGUCCUACAUCGAGAAAGUCGCAAAGAUCUUUGUGGAAGACAGGGGCGCAUACGUCCAAGAUACGACCAUUGCACAAGAUGCAUUGAACGUGGUCAAUUUCGAGAUUGAAUUGGCUAAGCUAACAUUGAGCAACGAAGACAGUAGAGAUAUUGAUAAAGUCUAUAACCCGUUAACAAUCGAAGAAUUACAACAGGCAUAUGACACGCAACAUCCGAAAAGGGGUAAGAUAAACUGGUUCGAACGCAUUCAAAAAUUGUUUGCGCCACUAGGAAUCAAGAUCGACCCGUCUGAAAAACUUGUCGUUCACGCGUACAAAUAUCUUACCAGUUUGGUAUCGCUGCUGGAACAAACAUCCUCUCGUACUAUCGUUAACUAUAUGCAAUGGAAUCUUGUCAGAAAUCUGUUACCUUACACCGAACGUACGGAAACAAUUGCUAUCGCACUUGCCACACAAUUCCAAGGCAAGGAGGCAGACAAUUCGAGGUGGAAGAGUUGCGUGAAGAAAACCAACUUAGACUCGGCUAUUUCGUACGAAUACGCCAAGCGAUACGUACAGCACGAAAAUAAAGAAGAUAUCAGUAAUAUGAUCACGAAUAUUGCAAAUGUUGUCCGUGAACAAAUCAAAGAAUCUACUUGGAUGGACCAGCCUACGAAGAAGGCAUCUCUUGAGAAAUUAGCCCUUAUGAGAAAACAAGUUCUCACACCUGAUUGGUAUAGCAACAAAGCUAUUGACAAAUAUUAUAAUGGUUUAACUAUCACUUCGGAAUAUCUUGAAAGUGUAACAAAUCUGUUUAAAUUCGAGGCAAAAAGAAUGUUACGCAAGCUGAGACAACCCGUCGACAAAAACGAAUGGCUUAUGGAACCAACAAUAGUAAAUGCUUAUCAUAAUCCAUCUGGCAACGAAAUUGUUAUUACUGCUGCAAUAUCACAAGAUCCCGUAUACAGUAAACAUCGUCCUGAAUUCAUGAACUACGGAGCGCUGGGAACCGUCAUUGGACAUGAAAUAAAUCAUGGCUUUGAUAACCUUGGUCGUAAGUAUGAUAAAAACGGCAAUUCCAUACAAUGGUGGACGCAGGAAACUAUCGAUAAAUACGAACAAUUAACACAAUGUUUCGUCGAUCAAUAUAACGGUUAUCUAGUACCAAGCUUGGAAGAGUCGAAAAUUUACGUAAAUGGACGAUUGACAUUAGGAGAGAACAUUGGUGAUUCCGCUGGCGUUGUAGUUGCAUAUUAUGCGUAUAAGGACAGAAAAGCGAAACUGAACGAACCCGAGCUGCGACUGAAGGGACUAGAAGAGUACAGCGACGAUCAAAUUUUCUUUACGAGUUUUGCACAGGCGUUCUGCGAAAAUUUUACGCCGCAACGAUUGCAAGUACUCAUUCUUGAUGAGCAUCCCAGAGGGGAAACGAGAAUACGCGGCAGUUUAUCGAAUUUCCCUGAAUUCUCUAAGGCUUAUAAUUGCCCAGCAGGAAAAGGAAUGAAUCCGGAUAAGAAGUGUACUCUUUGGUAAUAAAGCAAUGAAUGAUGAACCAGUGCAUGAAAUGUUUAAUAACUGCAAUUUUACAAUUUUAUUAUAU